AUGCCAAAAUUAUUGAUUAUAUAUUCUACCCUUAAGCAUAGAAAUAUUGAGUUUCUAAAAGCAAAUAGAAAAUAUAAUGAGAGGUGUGAUGCUAAUAAAAAGGAAUUAAAGCAGAAAAAUGCAGGGCUUAAGGUUAGACUUGCGGUAGUGGAAAAGAGUUCUGUGGUAGUGGAUGGACAACUACAAAAUGAUAAGAAAGCGAUACUAGAGAUAUUACCAGAGGUAUCUGCUGAUAAUGAUUCUAUAGUAGACCAGUUUAAGCAAUAUGUGCCUAUUUGUAAAGUAAAUGAUAUGGUAUCAGAAGUGUUACCAGAGGUCAACACCAAGUUAUCGGCGAAGAGAAAGAUGGAUAAAUCCUUAAAUAAAGCAUAUAAGAAAAGUGUUAAAAUUAUAGUAGAUUUGAAACUAUCACUCAGUACAGGCAAUGAUAUCUCUGUUUCGUUAUCUAUUGAGAAGGUGGAUACUAAAGCAACUUAUUAUGUAACAUGA